AUGGAACGCGCCAUUUUCAAGAGGCACAAAGAGGUGCCAGGGUGUGUUUGGAAGCCUGGCAUGGUCGGUCCCGGCUGUCGACCACCAUCCGCACUGAAAAAGGCAGCCAUGGCGGGGAAGGAUAGCUACUACGAAAUGGAAAAGUACGGCCGCAUCACCUCCUGGAUUCUGGUCGCCAUUCUUGGCAUCGUCAUGCUUCGCGGUCUCGUCUCGAGGCUUCGUCACAGCUCGAAUCCCAAACUUUCCCUCGCCGUGCUCGCGAUUCCUGGUUAUAAACCGCUCGCGGCGAUAUGCAGAGGUAUCGGCUAUUAUCGUCCAAAGAAGAUCUUCACUCGGAAAACGAUUCUAAGCGCGAUGAUUUCGGCAGACCACUUCCCGUCCUUGGGCAACAUCCUUACACUCGCUGUUCCUUCUGUCGGGCUCAUAUGCUGGUGCUUCGCCAUCAAACCCUACUAUCGCCCGGCCGCUGUGUGGGGAAGUACUCCUCUAGGUGUUCGCUCGGGUAUGAUCGCUAACGCUAUGUUCCUCUGGUUGUUUGCUCUUGGUCUCAAGUUCAAUCCGCUCACGUUUCUAACGGGCAUCAGCCAUGAAAAGCUGCAGUUCUUCCAUCAAUGGAUAGCACGUGUUAUUCUCUUCUUCAGCAUCGUACACGUCGUUCCCUUCCUCUGGCAACCAGUCCACGAUGGCGGUUUCAGCAACCUCAAGGCCUGGUACUACUACGACAAGAUCUGGUGGACGGGUACCGUUGCAUUUGCAUGUUUGGCUUGGCUCGUCGUCUCUUCGUUCGGCUAUUUUCGACGCAUGUCGUACGAGUUCUUUGUGCUUCAGCAUGUGGUGGCCAUCAUCCUGUUUUUGGUCUUCUACUUUAUGCACACGCGCGAUCUCAUCAACUCGUGGUUGUGGUUAUGGCCAUCAAUUGGUGUGUGGGGCUUCCAUGUGCUAUUCAAGUUUGCAAACUCGCUCCGCAUCAGCCGAUUCACUGGUCUGCCCGCAACGGUCUCGGUGGUGGACGAAGACGAAAAGCUGGUCAAGGUAGAAAUGGCUGCGCCUGUGUCAUGGCAGCCAGGUCAGCAUUUCUUCCUGCGCUUCCCCGGUAUCAACCGAUCAGCACCCUACCAGACGCACCCUUUCACCGUUAGCAACCUUGCUUCGCCGAACCAGAACGCAGAAUCGCAUCCGGUGUUCUUCUUCAAGGCACGCACCGGGCUUACGGGCAGGAUCUGGCAACAGCUUGUACUACAGCCUGCUGUCGAUGGCAAGACCUCUGCCAUGCUCAAGGUUGGACUUGACGGGCCAUACGGUACGUCCUUUCACCCAGCAGCCUACCACUCAGACCUCAUGAUCACCGGCGGCGUCGGUAUGACAUCGGUUCUACCUGCGCUGAUGACCUUAUGUCUUUCGGCGAGGUCUUCGCGCGACAUUCUAACGUCCACGAUCGCCAUACACUGGUCCAUCAGAACUAUACGCAUGUUUGACGCCUUUGAACCGUCCAUCCGACCGAUGCUCGAACAUCUGCGUGCCUUUGGCAUCAAUGCGUCUUUGCACGUGUACUGCUACCAAGAUGGUGUGCAGUAUGGUGAGUCGAAAAAGGACGAAAUGUCGAUAGCUUCUUCCUCCUCGCUCGCAAAAUCGAUGAUCCACGUGCACAGGGAACGCGCCAACGUUUCCGAGAUUGUGGCCGGAUUCGUCGACGACGUUGCAUCGGCUUCGUCAUCGUCAACGAGGCGAUCGUCGGUCAGCGUGUCGGUCUGCGGUCCAGCAUCGAUGCUCAAUGAAGCCGCGAACGUUGUCGCACGACUGCAAUGGUCCCAUGUUCUCUCUAGGUCGAUUGACGAACUCUUUCUUCAUACUGAGGCUUUCGGCUGGUAG